AUGGAACGCAAACACAAGCCCACCUCUAUCCCCGUCUCUCCCCAAAUGGCCCAGCCCAUUGUCGACCUCUCGGACAAUGUGCUCACGGCGCGGCUACCCAGCGGCGACUCCGUGACCGUCUACCUCUACGGGGCGACCGUGACGUCCUGGAAGACGUCCAACGGCGCCGAACAACUCUUCCUCUCUUCGGCCGCUGCCCUGGACGGUUCAAAGCCCAUCCGCGGCGGCAUCCCACUCGUCUUCCCCGUUUUUGGGCCUCCUCCGAAAUCCCACGCCACGGGCCAGCUGCCUCAACAUGGGUUUGCGAGGAACAGCUACUGGGAGUUUCUGGGCAAGAGCAGCAGCGAGUCUCUGGGACGUAAGGCGGACGACAGUGUCAAGUUGGACUUUGGGUUGAGUUCGUCCAUGCUCGACGAGAGUGUGCGAAAGAAGUGGCCGUACGAGUUUGGCCUGGUCUACAGCGUGACCCUGGGCAAGGGCAAGCUGGAGUGCCAGAUGCACGUGCAGAACAAGGGCGACCAGUCAUUUGAGUUCCAGUGCUUGUUCCACACGUACCUGGCCGUCAAGGCAAGUGAUCGCGGCAAGGAUAUCCACAAAACUGCCGUCCGAGGCCUCCAGUCCUCGCCGUACGUCGACAAAGUCCGGUCCGCGCAGACCUUCACGGAAGAGUCCUCCUCACUCUCCUUCACCGGCGAGACCGACCGCGUCUACACGCCUCCCACGGAUCCCAAGGCCAACAACACGCUUGUGCCGUUGAUCGUGACAGAGAACGGCCAGGACAGCUUCGUGGUCACUCGGGACGCGCUGCCGGACGUGACGGUGUGGAACGGGUGGGAAGACAAGAUCAAGGGCAUGGGCGACUUCGAGCCCAAGGACGGGUGGACGAGGUACCUCUGCAUCGAGCCGGGCACCGUGAGCUCGUGGACGAAGCUCGAGGCGGGUGACGCGUGGGAGGGCGCCUGCUCGUAUGAGAGCAAGCUCUGA